CCUCCCAUCUCCCUCUGUCUUCCUUCCUCUCCAUUCUCUCCCCCCGAAGCCGAAGCUCUAGCGACAAUGUCGUCGCCGCCGCCGCCGCCGCAGCACCGCCCGGCCCUCCUCCGCAUUGCGCCGCUCCUCCUCGCCGUCCUCCUCGUCUCCUCCGCCGGCCCCGCGUCCUCCCGCCUCACCGCCGACUUCUACGCCAAGUCCUGCCCGGGCUUCCUCCAGAUCAUCCAGGACACCGUCACCGCCAAGCAGAUCUCCACCCCCACCACCGCCGCCGCCACCCUCCGCGUCCUCUUCCACGACUGCAUCGCCACCGGCUGCGACGCCUCCAUCCUCCUCUCCGCCGCGCCCCUCGCCCCGCCCCCCGAGCGCGACGCCGACAUCAACCUCUCCCUCCCCGGCGACGCCUUCGACCUCGUCGUCCGCGCCAAGACCGCCCUCGAGCUCGCCUGCCCCGGCACCGUGUCCUGCUCCGACAUCCUCGUCGUCGCCGCGCGCGACCUCGUCACCAUGCUGGGGGGCCCCUACUACGACGUCGCCCUCGGCCGCCGCGACACCCGGAUCUCCCGCGCCUCCCUCGUCGCCGGCCUCCUCCCGCGGCCCAACAUGACCGUGUCGGACCUCCUCUCCCUCUUCGCCUCCCGCGGGUUCUCCGCCCAGGAGAUGGUGGCCCUCGCCGGCGCCCACACCGUCGGCCUCUCCCACUGCAAGGAGUUCAGCUCCGGGAUCUACGGCUUCAGCAAGUCCUCCGCGUUCGACCCGAGCUACAACCCGAGGUUCGCCCAGGGGCUGCAGAAGGCCUGCGCCAGCUACGGCAAGGACCCCACGCUGUCGGUGUUCAACGACGUGAUGACCCCCAACAAGUUCGACAACAUGUACUACCAGAACCUGCCCAAGGGGCUGGGCCUGCUGGCGUCGGAUCGGGGGCUGUAUGGCGACCCCAGGACGAGGCCGUUCGUGGAGAUGUACGCCAAGGAUCAGGACAGGUUCUUCAGGGACUUCGCGAGGGCGAUCCAGAAGCUGAGCCUCUACGGGGUCCAAACCGGGAGGAGAGGCGAGAUCAGGCGAAGGUGUGAUGCUGUCAACUAGAUCUGUCCUCCUUUCUUGAUCACACUGUCGAUUCUUGUUUUCUUUUGGUGGGUAUGAGCGAGAAACGGGAGAAGCACGCAGUGGAAUGGGAUUUUCGUUUUUGCAAUUCAAUUAUUUUUGGAAAGGCAAUAUGUAUACACGGCGUUUGUACUGGAGUUAAAAGGCAUUAUAGAUGAUAAUGAUAUGAUUAUUCACUUUUUCGCA